AUGAAAGGGACAAAGAAUGACAAUGAUUGGAGGUUCUACCAUGAUGCCCUUACGCUAAUGACAUCCGCUGAUCUCAUUGAUUACAUGAAGGCCAAAGCAAUAUAUCACAGAUGGAUCCUCCCACCGGGACAGGGACUAUUUGAAGAUGACACAGCCCUUAGAAAUUUCCGGGGGCGACCUCCUGGUGACUCUCCGGAGUUGAUGCCCUGGGAUAACAACUUGAAUCAAGAUGCCCAUGUUUCGGUUGAAAGGCAUGUGGGAAUCACUUCUGUUUAUGAAAAGGGUGACCCAAGGAAAUUUUCCAAAUCAACUCCCAAUGAGGGUGCUCGUGCCUACAAAAGGGUUCUCCAUCCAACAGAAGGUGUUGCGCCCACUCCAAAAAGAAUAGUUCAAGACUGUAUGCUUUGGCUUCAGGCUUUGGAGGAAAUUAGAAAAAGUAAAGGUACAUUGAAUGACUUUGCAAAACGACGGGGAACACGAGGUGAGUUCUCAGCUGAGGAACGCGCAGAGAUGAUUCGUACGGGAAGCCGCCAAAGAGGAGGCCGGAGGGAAAAGGGAUCUGGAUUUAGGAAAUGUUUGGUUCUGCAUCAUGAUGCCAAACCAGCAGCAAAGAUCAAGAUUGAAGAAGCAAGCAAGACUUGUGAGCAACAGAGGCUCCCAGGAGUAGAUAGUGAAACUCAGGUGCCAAUUCAACACAAUUGA